AUGGCUGACACAAGCUUCUUCACUGAUAGCCAGGCACUGGUCCAAGACGCGCUUCAGGGGCUCUGCAAAACCUCUCCUGAGCUUGUCCUCGACCUCGAGAACAAGAUCAUCUCCCGAUCGACCCAUGACCCAUCCAAGCACGUCACACUUAUCAGCGGAGGCGGCGCAGGCCAUGAGCCCGCGCACGCAGCUUUUGUUGGACAGGGCAUGCUGAGUGCCGCCGUAUCGGGUCAUGUUUUUGCCUCGCCCUCGGUGUCGCAGAUUGUUGAGGCAAUACACUCAGUGGGCGGCCCCGCCGGCACCAUCCUCAUCGUCAAGAACUACACCGGGGACAUCUUUCACUUCAAUCUAGCAGCGGAGAAGGCUCGUGCGCGAUGGGGUCAGCGCGUUGAAGUCCUCGUCGUCAGCGAUGAUGUGGCUGUUGGCCGUGAACAAAGUGGAAAGGUUGGCAGACGGGGACUGGCUGGGACGGUGCUCGUUCACAAGAUUCUUGGGGCCUUGUCUGCAAGGGGUAAGUCCAUUGACGAGCUACUCGCUAUCGGCAGCCAAGUCACCAAGAAUCUCGUGACCUGCGGCGUCUCGCAAGGACAUGUGAACAUCCCCGGCACUGCUCCUCAAAGGGAUCCAGUUCAACUGGAGCUCGGCAUGGGCAUCCACAAUGAGCCUGGCCUCUACGUUCUCAAUCCUCGCCCUACACUGGAUGAGCUUAUUGAUCGUAUGUUGGAGUUGCUGACAGGGAUGGAUGACAGGGACCGAGCUUACGUCGAUUUUGGGGGGCAAACACCGGUGCUGUUGUUGAACAACCUCGGUGGAACAUCGCAGCUGGAGAUGAGCGCCAUCCUUCACCAUCUAUUGGAGAGUCUAGACAAGCAGAACCUGCCGGUUAUUCGAGUGCUUUCCGGCACAUUCAUGACAAGCCUUGACGCUUCAGGCUUUAGCAUCACGCUUUUGAAAGCAACACCCGAGAUGCUUGAUGCCAUCGAUGAUGUGACAACUGCCGUUGGCUGGCCACGCAGCAUCGCCACCCCAAGGGCCAUUGUCGGGAAUCGAGUGAUCAAAUCGAAACGGGAGACAUCCGAACCCUCAUUUAGCAACGCCGGCCCCAAAGUUGACCCGUAUAGCUUCACUGCAGCCAUAACAGCCUCAUGCCAAUCCCUCCUCGCCGCCGAGCCAAGAAUCACGCAGAGUGACAAGGUAGUAGGAGAUGGUGAUUGUGGGACAACCCUGUCUCGCGGAGCAAACGCAGUUCUUAAAUCCCUCUUGGAAUCCCCAGUUAUGCCUUUCACCAGCGCAAGCGCAGCAGUAAUGCGCGUCGCUCUAGCGCUAGAGAGCAGCAUCGAUGGCACAUCAGGUGCUCUCUACGAACUCUUCGUCAACGCCUUGGCCACAGCGCUUCAGACUAUGCCUGAAGAAACUACUACUUUGGAAACUUGGGCUAGGGCAGCUGGCAUCGCACUGACAAGGUUACAGUCCAUGACGCCUGCGCGCGUUGGCGACAGGACAAUUAUGGAUGCAUUGAUUCCUUAUGUCGAGGCGUUAGCGAAGGGCGAUGUUGAUCAGGCUGUUGAGGCGGCGAGGAAGGGUUGCGAGAGCACCAGGGGAAUGAAGGCGUGUCUGGGAAGAGCUGUGUAUGUUGCUGGUGAGAAUUGGGACAAGGUCGCUGAUCCCGGCGCGGAGGGGGUUGUAGCUAUUGUAGAGGGACUAUCGAGAAGCAAAGGAGCUACUGAAUUAGCUUGA